UUUCGCUUUAGCCUUGGAAAUGUCUUUGAUUUCUUUUCGUUCUCAGGCGAUUUCUUGCUUUUUUUUUCCUCAACUUUGACUCUGCUGUACUUACGCGGACGCCACCAGCAACUUAAAUCCGAUUAUUUCUCUCUCUACAUUUUCUCUCUCCUCCUCCUCCCUCGUCGUUAUCUCCGGCACCCGACCCCGGAAUCCCUGUCUGAAAACCGCGUUAUUCACUCCCCACCAACCGGAGAAUCGGUUUUCACCUACUCCAGAACCAGUCUUCUCUCAGUUCACACAGUCCACGGCGGUUCAGAGACUAUUGACUCUGCUCUCGAAUGGAGGUUCUAGGGUUUUGGUUUGGACUGGAUGGAGUACGGAGGAGAAUGGCAGAUCUGUGAAUUCCAGAGUCAGUAUUGGCUUGAAUGUUGGGGAUAAGAGAGAGAUAUCGGUGAGGAGAUGUGAAGGUUGAUGGUAGUUUACGGACGAGAUUGUGGUUUUCUCGUCGUUGAUGAUGACCGGAACUCCUGAGAGCGAUCGCAGCGGGUGGUGGUGUUCGGGUAAAUCUUUCACAUGGAAUGGCAGAUCUUGUUAGCUACGGUAAUGCUGAUCGUGAAAUCGAGCAGGCAUUAAUUGCUUUGAAGAAGGGUGCUCACCUGCUUAAAUAUGGUCGUAAGGGAAAGCCUAAGUGUUGCCCAUUUAGACUUUCUAGUGACGAAUCAUCUUUAAUCUGGAUAUCUAGUAGUGGUGAAAGAAGUUUGAAGUUAGCUUCAGUUUCAAGAAUUAUUCCUGGGCAAAGAACUGCUGUUUUCCAACGGUAUCUGCGUCCUGAAAAGGACUACUUGUCCUUUUCUCUUAUAUACAACAACGGAAAGAGGUCCCUUGAUCUGAUCUGUAAGGACAAAGUUGAGACGGAGGUGUGGAUUGCGGGCCUCAAAGCAUUAAUAUCCUCUGGGCAAGGUGGGCGAUCAAAAAUUGAUGGAUGGAGUGAUGGAAGUCUCUACUUUGAUGAUAACAGAGAUUUGACAUCUAAUAGUCCAAGUGACAGUUCCAUCAGUGCUACACGAGAAAUUAGCUCUCCAGAAAUUUCUGGAAGCUCCAAUACAUACACUUCUCCCAAGAGCUAUCGGCCUGAGAAUUCUGUGCAGUCUGAAAGAUCACAUGCAGCUUUGGAUCACACCAAUAUGCAAGUUAAAGGAUCUGGUUCAGAUGCUUUUCGAGUUAGUGUUUCUAGUGCCCCCAGCACUUCCAGUCAUGGUUCUGCACCAGAUGAUUGUGAUGCUUUAGGGGAUGUGUAUAUAUGGGGUGAGGUUAUAUGUGAUAAUGUUGUGAAGGUUGGGGCUGAUAAAAGUUUUAAUUCUUUGAGCACAAGAUCUGAUGUGCUGCUUCCCCGGCCAUUAGAGUCCAAUGUAGUUUUGGAUGUAAAUCAUAUAGCCUGUGGGGUCAGGCAUGCCGCUCUCGUCACUAGACAAGGUGAAGUUUUCACAUGGGGUGAAGAAUCUGGGGGACGGCUUGGCCAUGGGGUUGGGAAAGAUGUCACUCAACCUCGUCUGAUUGAAUCUUUAGCAGUUUGCGGUGUAGAUUUCGUUGCAUGUGGAGAGUUUCACACUUGUGCUGUUACUAUGGCUGGUGAACUUUACACAUGGGGAGAUGGCUUGCGAAAUGCUGGGCUUCUUGGUCAUGGUUCUGAUGUCAGCCAUUGGAUACCAAAGAGAAUUUCAGGUCCUCUUGAGGGACUUCAAGUUGCUAUGGUAACUUGCGGUCCAUGGCAUACGGCCUUGGUAACAUCAACAGGGCAGCUAUUUACAUUUGGUGAUGGAACCUUUGGUGUGUUGGGCCAUGGAGACAGGGGAAAUGUUUCAUAUCCACGAGAGGUGGACUCUCUCUCGGGGUUGAGGACAAUUGCUGUUGCUUGUGGGGUGUGGCAUACUGCUGCUGUGGUUGAGGUUAUUGUGACACAGUCUAGCGCAAGUGCUUCAUUUGGAAAAUUGUUUACUUGGGGUGAUGGAGAUAAAAAUCGUCUUGGACAAGGGGACAAGGAACCUCGUCUUAAACCUACUUGUGUGCCAGCACUUAUUGAUUACAAUUUUCACAAAGUUGCUUGCGGGCAUAGUUUAACCGUAGGAUUGACCUCCUCAGGACAUGUUUUUACAAUGGGUAGUACAGUCUAUGGUCAGCUUGGAAAUUCCCAGUCUGACGGAAAGCUACCUUGCUUGGUAGAAGAUAAGCUUGUUGGGGAAUCUGUUGAAGAGAUUGCCUCUGGUGCUUAUCAUGUGGCAGUAUUAACACUCAGGAACGAGGUCUAUACAUGGGGAAAGGGAGCUAAUGGGAGGUUGGGCCAUGGAGAUAUUGAAGAUCGAAAAACACCAACUUUGGUUGAAGCUCUCAAGGAUAGACACGUUAAGAAUAUUGCUUGUGGCUCAAACUAUACAGCAGCUAUAUGUCUUCACAAGUGGGUUUCUGGUGCUGAGCAAUCUCAGUGCUCGGCUUGCAGACAGGCUUUUGGAUUUACGCGGAAGAGGCACAACUGCUAUAAUUGUGGACUUGUGCACUGCCAUUCGUGUAGUUCCAGGAAAGCAUUAAGAGCAGCACUGGCUCCUAAUCCCAGCAAACAAUAUCGCGUAUGUGAUUCCUGUUUUGCCAAAUUGAGUAAGGUGGCUGAAGCUGGCGUUAAUAACAAGAGGAAUGCUGUACCACGUCUUUCAGGUGAAAACAAGGAUAGGUUAGACAAGGCUGAAUUAAGAUUAUCCAAGUCGGCAUUGCCUUCUAAUCUUGACUUAAUCAAGCAGCUGGAUAACAAAGCAGCCAAACAAGGAAAGAAAGCUGAUACGUUUUCAUUAGGUCGUUCCUCUCAAGCACUCUCAUUGUUACAGCUGAAAGAUGUUAUGUCUACUGCUGUUGAUAUGCGUCAAAUAGUUCCCAAACCUGUUCUUACAUCCUCCGGUGUUAGUUCCAGGUCUGUGUCACCUUUCUCAAGGAAACCCAGCCCCCCACGUUCUGCAACACCUGUUCCUACAACAUCAGGACUUUCUUUCUCUAAAAGUAUUUCUGAUAGUUUGAAGAAAACCAAUGAACUUUUGAAUCAAGAAAUUUACAAGUUACGUGCACAGGUUGAGAAUCUGAGACAUCGAUGCGAAAUUCAAGAAUUAGAGAUUAAGAAAUCGACAAACAAAGCUCAGGAAGCUAUGGCACUGGCUGCAGAGGAAUCUGGCAAGUCGAAAGCGGCAAAAGAAGUGAUAAAGUCGCUUACAGCACAGCUCAAAGAUAUGGCUGAGAGGUUGCCACAUGGGGUUUAUGAUGCUGAUAGCAUGAAGGCAGCUUUUGUACAAAAUGGUUUGGAGCCAAAUGGCAUUCACUAUCCUGAUGCAAAUGGAGAUCGUCAUUCUGGUCCACUCAACCGCUCUAGCUUGCCCCCUCUCAGGGGAGUUGACCCUACAACAACAAAUGGAACACAGGGUCCCACUGAAUUGCUUAGGGAUCAUCCUAGAAGCAAUGAAACUAACCCAUACCAUCAAAAUCAGGGGAUUCUGACCUCCACUAAGCGGGAUGACGAUCAAGAUGUCAGACUUCCAAAUGGUAGUGGAGCGGUUCAAUCGGGUAACAUUAAUGCAUCAGAGGCUGUUGACAGCCGGGAAUCUGGGCCUUGCCAAGACGGUGACAAUGGUGUGAAAUCUAGAAAUUCAGCAUUGGAUGGUAAUGCUAAUCAAGUUGAGGCCGAGUGGAUUGAACAAUACGAGCCUGGUGUGUAUAUAACGCUUGUAGCCCUCCAGGACGGAACUAGAGAUCUCAAACGAGUGCGCUUCAGUCGGAGAAGAUUCGGAGAGCACCAAGCUGAAAACUGGUGGUCAGAGAACCGUGAAAAGGUUUACGAGAGGUACAAUGUUAGUGGGUCAAACAAGUCGUCAGUUCCCGGCCAGGCAGCACGACGAUCAGAGGGAGCCCUCUCACCGUCUUCCCAAUUGUAGCAACAGUGAAGGAAGUUCCUCAUUAGCACUUUUUGCAUUUGUUAUAAUGAUGGUUUUCUAGGUUAGGUAAAAACCCAUAUUGGAAGCAAACCCCCAUUUUCUUUUCCAUUUUCAUAAUUUAUUGUCGCUCAAUUUAAUGUUCUGGGUAUCUGCCCUUUACCUAGCCGUUGUAUUGUAGUGUAUAUAAAAUCCUCAAUUGUGAUAAUCGCUGCAGAAAAGUUUUAGUUA